GGUGAGUAUCGCGAGAUAACACGGGAUGAAUAUGGCCGCAGUUAAACUACAGACGAGUGUCGUGAGUCAGGCUGGAAAACACACUGCUUCUGUCAUCUUUCUUCAUGGCUCAGGCGACACGGGGCCGGGUUUGCGCAGGUGGGUUUAUGAUGUGUUGGGACAAAACCUGGCAUUUGAAAACAUCCGGGUGAUUUAUCCCACAGCGCCAGCCAGGCCGUACACACCCAUGCGAGGGGCUCAGUCUCAUGUGUGGUUCGAUCGUCACAAGAUUUCCCAGGAUUGCCCGGAACAUUUGGAGUCUAUAGAUUCCAUGUGCGAAAAUUUAAGCGCCAUUGUCCAGGAGGAGAUCCGAGCAGGGAUCCCUAAACACAGGAUGCUUAUUGGUGGCUUCUCGAUGGGUGGUGCCAUGGCAUUACACCUGGUUUGCAGGUACCACCAGGAUGUUGCUGGCAUCUUUGCUCUGUCCAGCUUUCUCAACAAAGACUCAGUUGUAUAUCAGGUAGUAGAAGAUGCAUCCCAAUGCCCGCCUCUACCUGAGCUCCUUCAGUGUCAUGGCACAGCAGAUGAGCUGGUUUUCCAUAGCUGGGGCGAGGAGACCAACUCACUGUUGAAGAAAGCUGGCCUCAACACGUCUUUCCAUUCCAUACCAGACCUCAACCAUCAGUUGUGUCGACAAGAACUGGAGUUACUACGCUCCUGGAUCCUGAAGAAACUUUCCCUUUAGAACAUCCAUAAUGCUGGACAAUGACUACUGCUUCCCUAUAUACAAUACAAUAAUCACCAUUUACUCUCCCUCAUGUUGUCACAAGAUGUCAUUUU